UACUGUAAACGAUUCCCUAAAGAAGGAAAAAAGUUAUCUCAAAGUCAAGUGGUUCCAACAAGAAAAAAGGUGGUUCUCUCAAAAUUCCAGUGGUUCAGACUCAAACCAUCCUCUAGAAAAUAAGUGGUUCUCUCGGAAUCAAGUGGUUCUCCAAGGAUCUGGUUCUACGGGCAAGAUGGGGAGCAAAUUCGACGAACUGUUGAUACGCCUUGGGACCGGAAAGUGGAACUUUUUGUAUUUCAUCGCAGCUUCUGUCUGGUUCUUCCUAAUCCCCCCACAGAGCUUGAGCGGCGCUUACCUCGCUCCCACAAUCCCCCACACGUGUCGACCUCCUCAAGAUGUCAACGCUACCAUCUCCGAAGAUUCGUGUACAUACAUCACCAACACCACAGCGGGGAGCGAGGUCUACCCAUGCACAGAAUGGGACUUCGAUUUAACGGUCUUCUCGUCUACACUGACGUCAGAGUUUCAGCUCGUUUGUGAUCGCGACUACUUACGAGCCACUUAUCAGAGUAUGAUGAUGUUCGGUACCUUUAUCAGCCCUAUUGUCGGUGGGUUUCUGGCAGACAGACUCGGUCGUCGUCUCGUGAUAAUCGUGACCCUGUCUCUCUUCACCUUAUUCUCCUCCUCCAUUUCUUUCCUCUCCAACUUCAACCUCAUCUUGGCUUUCCGUUUCGUGCUGGGCUGCGUCAACCUCCCAACCUUCUACAUUCUGGCCAUGGAGGUGUGUGAGCCGAGGAUGCGUUCCUUCGUGGGCGUUCUCACUGCCUUGCCAUGGGCGACCGGAACCAUGGCGUGGGGGGGCGUGGCCUACCUGAUCCGGGAUUGGAGGACUCUGAACCUGGUCGUUUCGCUGCCCAAUCUGGUGAUUUUCCCGGCGCUCUACCUGAUGGACGAGUCGCCCCGCUGGCUGAUCAUCCGCGGGCAGCACGAGCGGGCGCUGGCGACGCUGGCGAAGGCGGCGAGGUGGAAUGGGGCGACGCUGCCCCCCGAGGACGACCUCAGGGCGACCAUGAGGGACAUCCAGGCGGAGACAACGUCAUCGGCUGAGAAGAAGGAAGUAAAAAACAAAAAAGAAUCUGUGAGAAACUGGUUCAAUUUUGCAUUCAUUCUGUGCAGGACCAGGAAAAUCACCCUCGUGACCCUCAUCAUGUUCAUCGACUACCUCAUCGUGGCCAUGGUCUUCUACGGCCUCUCCCUCAGCGCCACCUCCUUCAGCGCCGACCCCUUCGCCUACAUGGCCCUCGCAGGACUCGUGGAGGUCCCUGCCUACUCCGUCACGGCGCCGAUCAUCGCCAAACUCGGACGCAAGGGCCCGGCUGCGUUCGGGUUCCUGGUGUGCGGGGUCGCCAUCUUGGCCCUGGCUUUCAUCCCGUCCGACGUGACCUGGCUCGUGAUGAUCUUGGCCAUGACGGGCAAGCUCUUCAUCAGCGCUUCCUAUCAGAUCAUCUACGUCUACGUCACCGAGCUUUUCCCGACGGAGGUGCGCACGACGGGCAUGGGCAGCGCCAUCGUGGCAUCGCGAAUUGGAUCGGUUCUCGCACCUUUCGUCACGGAUUUCCUGGGCCCGGUGCUUCCCUGGGCUCCUUCGGCGAUCUUCGGAGCCUCGUCGCUGGUGGCCGGCGCCGCCACCCUGGUCCUGCGGGAGACACUGGGGGCUCCGCUGCCCGACUCCAUCGCCGACCUCGAGACCAUCGACAAGCGGCACAGGCAACGAGACGCAGGCAUCCCGGGCGAGUUGCUCGAACUGGCGCCCUGAUUGGCCAGCCCGCCUCCUCCUGCGCCAUCCACCAGCCAAUCAGACGCGUUUGUUCUUACGUGUAUAUGUGCAUAUAAAUACAUAUAAAUGUAUGAA